UUUGACUAAAUUAUUUCUUGUUGCCCAAGUAGAUUUCCCAAGAAUCGUGCUGUAGGGAACUGUGAUGCAACGGCACAUGUGAUUCCAACAUCAGCACUCCUUUGUCUACUUAAUAUGGACUUACUUCUUACUCCAAACUGCAAUCAGAAUCAGACAGUGUGCUAAAGGGUGCGGCAAUCUUUAAAAUCGUCACCUCUAACGUCAUCUUUUCAGUUUCAUUCACUUAUAAAAUCCCUGGCUUGCCCUUAUCUCAGUUACCUCCCUUCUGUUCCACAAUAGCAACAUUCCCACCCCUCUUCCUUUCUUUCCACGCGCCGCCCUGACCACCACGUCUGCAGCCAUGCCACAACCUCAUUUCCUCCUUGUAACCUACCCUGCCCAAGGCCACAUAAACCCUACCCUCCAAUUUGCCAAGUGUCUUAUACGUAUUGGUGUACGCGUCACCUUCACCACCUGUGUCUCCGCCCGCCGCCGCAUGACCAAGGUCCCCUCCGCCCAAGGCCUAUCAUUCUUAACCUUUUCCGAUGGCUAUGACGAUGGGUUAAAGCCCGGGGAUGACAAAGACCACUACAUGUCUGAGUUCAGGCGUCGAGGCAAAGAAAACCUCAAUGACAUUGUAGUAGGUAGUGACAACGAAGGCAAACCGGUCACUUGCAUUGUUUACUCUUUGCUCCUACCGUGGGCUAUGGAGGUGGCGCGAGAGCAUCACAUCCCAUCAGCUAUGCUUUGGAUUCAACCUGCCACAGUUCUCGACAUCUACUAUUAUUACUUCAAUGGAUACGAGGAAACUAUUAAAGGCCAAGCUGGUGAGUCCAAUUGUCUAAUAGAGUUACCUGGGCUGCCACCGCUUGCAAGCCGUGACCUUCCCUCCUUUGUAGCCGCUUCAAACGCUUACCCUUCGGCAUUGUCAUUGUUUCAACAGCAAUUUGAAUUACUUGCUGAAGAAACGAACGCUAGAGUCCUUGUUAACACCUUUGAUGCUUUGGAACCCGAGGCAUUAAAAGCUAUUGAAAAUUAUAAGAUGUUCGCUGUCGGACCCUUGAUCCUGUCUACUUUUCUAGGUGGAAAAGACCCGUCGGAUGGUUCCUUCAAGGGUGAUCUUUUUCAAUGUUCAAAAGAUUACCUCCAAUGGCUAGACUCAAAACCAAAAUCAACUGUUAUUUAUGUGUCAUUCGGAACUAUGGCUGUUUUAGCAAAGCAGCAAGUAGAGGAAAUCGCUCGAGCUUUAUUGGCCAGUGGGCGACCGUUCUUGUGGGUUAUAAGAAAUCAGAAACAAAAUGGAGAGGAAGAGAAAGAAGAAGAUAAAUUGAGUUGCAGAGAAGAGCUAGAGCAGUUUGGUAUGAUAGUUCCAUGGUGUUCGCAAGUGGAAGUUUUGUCUCAUCCGUCGUUAGGGUGCUUCGUGACGCAUUGCGGUUGGAACUCGACCCUGGAGAGCUUGGCUGCCGGGGUGUCGGUGGUGGCUUUCCCUCAAUGGACCGAUCAAGGAACGAACGCGAAGCUCAUCCAAGAUGUGUGGGAGACGGGGGUGAGAGUGUCGGCGAACGAGGAAGGGAUAGUGGAACGAGGUGAGAUUAAUAGAUGCUUGGAUUUGGUCAUGGGAGACGGAGAGAGAGCGAAUGAAUUAAGAAGGACUGCUGAAAAAUGGAAAGAUUUGGCAAGGGAAGCUGCCAAGGAAGGUGGAUCCUUGGACAUGAACCUGAAGGCUUUCAUAGAUGAUGUUGCUCAAGGUUGCAAGUAAAGUUCAACUUGUGUUUGUACGAUGUAAAAAAAAAGACUAAUAAAUUUCUGAUUAAUUGUGGUCUUUAUUAAUAAGUUUGUUCAGGAUGGAUAUGGGUUUUU